AAACCACUAUAUAAAUCCUAUCUAAACCCUAGAUCUAAUUGACGAAGACACUCUCAUCUCAAGACUCUCUCUUUUUCAGGGUUGCAACAUUGUGUAGAGAAAAUGGGUUCAAAUGUAUCAGAUCCUGCGAUGUUGAAGAGUUGGAGAAAGAAUGCUCCUUCUUCUUCUUCUCUUGUCAGACUUUCUCAGCUUGCCAACGAUAAAUACGAGUCCCCUCCUUUCGUCUCCGGUGGACACAACUGGAGAUUGGUUGUUUACCCGAAAGGAAACGAAGAGGACAAUGGAAGUGGAUUUGUUUCAAUGUAUGUGGAAUGUCUCUCAUCCACAACACCACCCAUUGAUGUGUUUACUUAUCUUACUUUCUUUGUCUUUAGCGAGGAAGAGAAGAAGUACCUCUCUAUUCAAGAUGUGGAAGUGAAGCGUUUCAAUUCUUCAAAAACGGUUUGGGGAUUGUCAAAAGCUCUUUCGAUUGAAACACUCAAAGACCGUGCAAAGGGAUUUAUCUUGUACGGAGAACUACAUGAGUUUGGUGCUCAUGUGAAGAUUGUUUCACGACCCGACUCUUUUGGUGAAGAUCUCCCUUUUCACAAAUUCUCAUGGACUAUUCGUGAUUUCUCCCUUCUUAGACAGAAUGAUUGUGUUUCGAAAACCUUUCACAUGGGAGAAAAAGAUUGGACUCUAACUUUGUUUCCAAAGGGAGACUCUAGAGCAGAUGGCGAGUUAUCCCAGCAUUUGCAUUUAACUGACAAUGAUACUUUAUUGAAGGGUGAGCUGAUUUUCGUGCGAGUAAACCUCAAGGUUCUAGACCCGCGUGGAUCCAAUCACCUAACAGGAAGCCUUCACAGUUGGCUCAUGAACUCGAACAAAGCAAGGGGUAAGACCCAAUCCAUGUCUUUAGAUAAAAUUCAGGGGGCUUACUUGGACCGUGAAGGUACUUUGGAGGUGGAGAUCGAAUGUGAAGUUGUUAACUCCAUCAAAAACCAUCCCUUCUUUUAGGAUAUCUACCAUGCCAUGUCUACUACUCUAGAGUCUAGGACUACUCUGUUUUAAGCGUAAAAUUGAAUGUGAAGUAACGGUCUAUCUAUGUUUAGGAUAUCUAUGUAUCUACAAUGCCCUCUAGGACUUACCUACUUGUUUUAUGCGUAGAGAAUUGAAAUGUGGAGUUAUCUAUUGUUAGGAUAUAUAUUUAUUUAUCUACCAUGCAUGUCUGACUAUUGUAUGUCUCAAUGUCUGUAUGACUUUUCAUGCGUUUAUUAAUGAUCUUAGAUAUUUGAUGUUUGUUUUGGUA